AUGUCCCAACACAAGGGAAAGGGGAAAGGCGACCACUCGUCUUUUUUUGCCGCGAGGAACCAGCACAAGCCGUCGGCCGACCAGGUAGGCCUCCAAGAUGGCGACAAUGAUUCAGGGGAAAGUCAGGACUCAAGCCCCCCCCUACCCACUACACAAGAGGGAGAGGGAAAAGUCACCCCAGCUCUAAUACAAAACAUGCUAGAUGCCCAAUCAAACAAGCUGUUGGCACAUUUCCAAACCUCCAUAUCUGACCUGAAAAAAGAAAUUCAAGCCAUCGGAGACAGGACAGAGCACCUAGAAAACAAAUUGGAAACCCAUGCGGCUGCACACAACACCAUGCUCACUAAAAUUAAACAACUGGAAGCACACAUAUCCUCACAUGAUAAUAAACUGGCAGACCUUGAAGACAGGUCCCGCCGGAACAAUCUGAGGCUCAGGGGCAUCCCAGAAUCUGUGGCAGUGGGGGACCUACAAGCAUUUGCCACGAACCUGUUCCAGAACCUCUGUCCUGACUUACCAGCUCAAAUGCUUCUCUUGGACCGCAUACACAGAGUGGCCAAAGCAAGAGCAGCACCGGUAUCUGCUCCCAGAGACGUGCUACUACGCGCACAUUACCACCAUAUCAAGGAAGAGAUACUCAGAGCCAGUAGAACAAACAAAUCCCUAGCUGAAGUCAACAAAGACAUUCAAAUAUUCGCUGAUAUAUCCCCAGCAACAUUAGCCACGCGGCGACUCUUCACCCCAGUGACAACCGCCCUGAGAAACCACCAAAUCCAAUACAGAUGGGGUUUCCCCACCAAACUGAUAAUCAUACGUAAUGGACAGGCCACAGCAGUGCUCAGCCCGGAAGACGGCAUACAACUCUUAAAUAAAUGGAAUAUACAGCCGGCAGAAUCACCCCAAACACUUAAUACCCUACCUCCUGAGUGGAAACGGGCGAAACGCUAA